CAAGGGGCACCCGGGCUUGGCACUCAUCCCGACACCGUUGGCCCCCACUUGUAGCUUUUGCGCUCCCGGCCGGCAAAAGAGACGCCCGGCGCUGAUAAGAUCAAAAAUUCAUAGGUACCGUACCGGAGCGCAAAGACACAUAACACACCAGUUGCCCAUCCCGCCGAGGCGCAUCCGAACCCACCCACCAUCCCGGCGCACCCAUUGACGACGACGACGACGACAACUUUGAUACCCCAGCCUUCCCACCCCCAACCUCCCCACCUCUAACCUACCUACCCCCCCAAAACAAACCUUCAAAAUGGCCGGCGGCCACGUCAAAUACCGCCACCUCUCCCGCACCUCCUCCCACCGUCAAGCCCUCCUCCGCAACCUCGUCACCGAGCUCGUCCGCCAGGAGUCAAUCCACACAACAUGGCCCAAAGCCAAAGAAGCCCAGCGCCUCGCCGAGAAGCUCAUCACCUAUGCCAAAAAGAACAACGAAACCAGCAGGAGACAAGCCCAAGGCAUCCUCUUUACCCCCGACGAACUAAUGCCCAAACUCUUCGGCCCCAUCCGCGAGCGCUACCUCAACCGCCCCGGCGGCUACACCCGCGUCCUCCGCACCAUGCCCAAAAACAAGUUCGACCAGGGCGACUCCGCCAUCCUCGAGCUAGUCGACGGGCCAAAGGACAUGAGAUUUGCCAUCACCGCCGCCGCUGUGGCAAGAGACAGGAAAUUGGGGACGGGACACACGGACAUCACGAUUAAGAAUAUCCAAAAGGUCACGCAGUUUAGGCCUGAGGGGAGGGAUCAGUUUGAGGAGAUGGUUGAAAAGGUUGCCGGGUUGCAGCUGAACAUGAAUGAGCUCAAGGACAAGGCGGUCAAGAAGGAGUAGAUCAGACAAGAUGGGUGUGUUUUGUAUAAUAUGGGGGUGGGAAGGU